AUGGAAUCGGUUCUUUCACCUUUCACCGAUCCGCCGCACCUCAGCACCAACGGCUACGCCGGCUACGGCAACCGCAGCCGGAGCGGCCUCCCCGACGCAGAGGCGCCCGGGGGCAACCAGACCGCCGCCUUCAACAGCCACCUCCACAGCGCCCUGCUGGGAGUGUGCCUGGGGCUGCUGUCGCUCCUCACCGUCACCAUGAACAUGCUGGUGCUGUACGCCGUCAAGCGGGAGAAGAGCCUGCACACCGUGGGGAACCUGUACAUCGUCAGCCUCUCGGUGGCCGACCUGAUCGUCGGCGCCACCGUCAUGCCUUUGAACUUGGUGUACUUGCUGGAGGAUGAGUGGAGACUGGGACGGGCGGUCUGUCAGUUCUGGCUGAUUAUGGACUACGUGGCGAGCACAGCUUCAAUUUUCAGCCUGUUCAUCCUCUGCUUGGAUCGGUACCGCUCUGUCAGGCAGCCACUUAAAUAUCUGAAAUAUCGAACGCGUGGAAAAGCCAGCCUGAUGAUUUCCGGGGCCUGGCUGCUGUCGAUGAUGUGGAUUAUUCCCAUUUUAGGAUGGAGGUCUUUCACCCACGUAGACCUGAAACCCGAAGCGGAGAAUAAAUGUGACACAGACUUUCGUUUUGUCACGUGGUUUAAAGUGAUCACAGCGGUAUUUAACUUCUACAUACCCUCUGUUCUGAUGUUGUGGUUUUACACACAUAUCUACUUAGCAGUGAGGCAACAUCUCAGGGACAGAGAGAGGAUUAUUCAUCCGUCUGAUUCCUUUGGGGACAAUGAGAACGGCCGGAACGAUCCAACUCCAAAGGAAACUGACUGCAAGUCGGCCAAGGACAAAACUGAGGUUUCCGACAAAUUAUCAAAGAAGGAACGACUGCUGGACCAGAACACCUUGGAUCAAGUGUAUUCCGACAAUGAAAGUGACAAAUUAAAGUCUGGCCCGUGGAGAACUCACAGAAAAAUCGGCGUGAAGUGCGGCCAGACGUCACUGCUCGCCAUGACAGCACAGAGACUCAGAAAGCCACAAAAGGCUAAAAGGUGCUCCACGUCUCCUGAAGAGAGGCGGCCUGCCGCUGAGUCUCCCCCGAGCCAACCGGUGACCACGCAGGAGGCCAUUUGCUCGGCGGGGGGGAAUAAUGACAGCAAGCUCCAAGCUUCGCUGAAUGAAUGUCACGUCACGGUGCCAAACUCGGUGAGCGGCGUCUGCGAUAUCAGCCAAGUGAGGGACGUGCAGAGAUACGCCUCUGCGCCCUUCAACAACUACGACCCCGGCCGGGCUCUGCCCUGGCCCGAAGACGAGGUCGAAGACGUCCAGCUGGAUCCAGACAACGCGGCCACUCUGAAGCAGGCCUGGCAGAAGUUCCUGGACCAGUCAUGUCAGCGCAUUCAGAGUCUGAGGAUCCACAAAGAGCACAAAGCCGCCAAGCAAUUGGGCUUCAUAAUCGCUGCUUUCUUAUUGUGCUGGAUCCCGUACUUUAUAGCGUUCAUGGUCAUGGCGUUCUGCAGAGAGUGCGUGCAUCAUGACCUUCACAUGUUUACCAUAUGGCUGGGUUACAUCAACUCCACUCUGAACCCCUUCAUAUACCCACUGUGCAAUGGGACCUUUAAACGGGUGUUCAGAAAUUUCCUCAACAUGUGA